AUGCAGCGAAUUGAAUUAAAUAGCGAAAAAAUACCUAUUCGGGCUAUGGUUGUUAGGUACACAGAUGUUGAGUCGAAUGAAAAGUCUCGCGAUCCCGCAACAAAAGCACCCAACAUAAUUAACACCACACUAGCGAAAAAAACACACAAACACUUAAAAUUAAUACAACGUGUAUACCUCUGCCUCACGAGAACAUACUCGAGCAUCAUUGUGAGUAUGAUUGUAGUUCUUCUUAAGGCUGUAUACAUGGGAACAUUCACACUCCUAACAGAUUCCAUACUCGCUAGCUUCAUUGUUAAGAAGUCGAGAGAAUUAAAGUUCGAAAAAUCAGGCUUGUCUUAC